GUACGGUACCUCGCGUCAAAAGUUCAUUGUAUUAGUUCCGGCGCUUGGGAAGAUUUUAUUCAACUGCAUAAACAUUUAAAAGAAUGCUUCAAUAUUGAAGGCCCAUUGGAAAAUUAUGUGUUUAUUAUUGGGGAUAAAGAAAUGAAUUUUGGCUGGUCAAAAAUGCAAAUUAUCGACUUCCUUAAACAACAAAAAUGUUCGAUUGAUAAUCCAGUCAAAAUAUCUGAUGUAAAAAAAGGAAAAGCGGAUGAACCGUCAAAGUCGUUAUAUCGUCCUAGAAAUGAGGAAGAUGAGGAAAUCGUCCAGAAAGCUUUUAAUAGAACUUUUCAAGAUCCAAGUAACCUUUCGGAAAGGUUUAUACAAUUUAUUGACAAGUGCCUGGAUAAAUACGAAACAACGAGAAACGAAUAUUAUGCGCCAUAUACAACUUUAAUUCAAGCCAGUGGCACAGGGAAAUCCAAAUUAUUGAUAAGUGUUGCCGAAGAGAUAAUGACCGUAUACUGCUGUUUGCGGGAAUUCGGAUCAAGUGGCUAUCCACCCAGAUCGAAUAUUGCCGGAACACUAAUAAAAGAGUUUGAUAGUGAACAAGAAGCCAAAGCUACCUAUCUUGCGUACAUAUGCGCAUGUUUUCAAAAGAUGCAGGAUUUCGAUGGAGAUUGUAAGAAAUGGUUGGAUGGGCAUACCAAUAAAAAUUUGCAAGAGAAUUUUUGGAGAGAUGUUGAAAACAGAAUGAAAUCUAUCAAGGAUGAUUUAAUGAAAUGUUCUACGGAUAUUAAAUACCUGUUUGCAUUCGAUGAAGCUCGUAUGCUGGUUGGUAAGAAGGGUGGAAGUAAGAACGUUGAAAAAAAUUCACCGUUCUAUUAUAUUCGACGUGCUUUAAUUCUCUUACCCGAAGGAUCAGGAAUUUUUGCGGUCUUUACGGACACACAUUCAAAUAUUUCGAACUUUUCGCCUACUUCUUACCUCGAUCCAUCUAAAAGAGUUGCAGAGGAAGGGUAUCUGUUAUUUGCGCCAUUUUAUUUGUUAGACACUAUGGACAUGAAUGUUAAAUUUAAGGAAGUAAUGACAUUAAAGGAAUCAGAAGAUCCACAACAUUUUUUUCAGUAUGGAAGACCUUUGUGGGGUGCACUAUUAAUGCCUUCUAGUGAUACUAAAGGAAUGAAAUCAGAACGUAUUAUCGAAUUGGCCAUGGACAAGCUUAUUGGCGGACAAUUUUUCAGCUUUUGGAAGAAAAAAGUACAUCUUGGAAUAUUGGAUACUUUAGCUAUUCUAGGACCCCGUUUAUGUAUCGAAAUAGCGCCACAAUCUAGUUUUGCGCCUGAUUUAAUAGCAAACAAUAUGCGCCUUUGUAUUAGUGUCUUAGAGGAUCGUAAAUACGUUGUUACAUCGAUGUCUACCGAACCUGUGCUAGCAGAGGCUAGCGCUCGAAUAAUGAAUGAUUCGGAUAUCAGCCUCACAAAACUUAUUAAUCAGCUCUCCGAAGCGUUAAAAAAGGGCGUAGUAGAGGCCGGUUACCGUGGAGAGCUUACAGCCAGAUUAUUACUUCUCAAUGCCUGGGAUUGUUGUAUAAAAAAAAAGAUCCUAGAUGAGAAAAAAACAAAUGACACGAAUAUUAGCAAAAAUUAUUUUCGAUUCGUGACUCUUGAAGAAUUUUUAAAAUCAUUACUCGCGGACAAUGUUUAUGAGAAAAUAAAGAAUCGCCUUGAAGAGACAGUAAAAUUUACAGGAAGAAAAUUCGGUGAAGCUUAUAUUAAUUUCACACACUUUAUCAAUAUUAGAUAUAUUCCAGAUAGAAAGAAUCUUGGGAAAGCUCUGAUUCGCGGUAUUGCAUUUUCAUGUAAACGAAAUCAGCGGGGAGCAGAUAUUAUAAUACCUCUAUAUAUGGGCACUCUUGAUGAAAACUUUAAUGAAGAUCGUAUUUCAUACAUACUAAUACAAGUUAAAAAUCACUCUACUAAUAGUAGAUAUGAAUAUAAAAAAUCCGCAACUACUUUUCUGUCGCCAGCCUAUGUAGGCAUUGAGGAUCUACCGUACAUGCCAUUUUUGUCCUUGUAUUUGCAAUUAGGUGCAAAAUCAGAGUCAGCUGACGUUCCGUCAAAGUUUACUACAACACGUAACAUGGGUUCCUGCAAACGUAAAAUUGAAGAAGUACUAAAAGGAUAUGAAACGGAUGCUAAAGAAACAGGAAAGGAAUUUAUCAAGAAGAUUAGACUUGAAAAUAAUAGAGAUUCAGAUGCUUCAGAUUCUGAAAUCAAAGAGUUCCGAGAGCAUUUUCAGACCUCACUUGGAUUGUUUGGACUAUCGUCGAACAUUUACAAUUGCUUAGAGCAGUCUACAUCAAACUCAUCAUCGACCAACGUUAAUGAUAUCACAAAUAGCCUUAAACAUUUAUUGUCUGCUUGGGUUGAUCCUGUGAUGGGAGAAAAUCAAGAAACAAUGGAGAUAAUUAAACGUAUGACUCCAAUGGAAUACGAGUAG